AUGACUUUAUGUUGGGCAAUGCCCCGUGCCUGCGCAGGAGCGAGGCUUUCCGGUCUUCUCUCGGUGUUGUCCCAAGCUGUUGGUGACCCGUCAAUAGGGCAAAAAACUUCGGAUACUGCGUCCUCGAUCUUGUCAUUGCUCGACAACCAGACAGAUACCCCGAACAACGCAGCAGAUGUUGGGUCCGUAAGGGAUGCGCAUGACAAAAUCAGUCAGGUAUACUCGUCUGCAAAUAAAGACUCGGAUGAUUUCCUGCUGGAUCUCGUCAAGGGCUUAGUCGAAGGAGGAUUGGUUCCAUUGAACCUGGUGAACCUGCUAGACGGGUAUAUCAACAUCGGCCUCGAUUCGAUCUUUAACAAUAGCCCUGCACCGCCCUCGAAGCGAAACAUAUACCCGAAAAGAUGGUCCGGCGAUGCGAUGUAUUCGAUCCCCGAGGACAGACUCCGCGCAGCCAUCCAUAUCCCUGAUUCGUUCACAUAUGGAAAGAACGAAAAGAAGCCAGUGAUUCUGGUGCCAGGAACUGCAAUCCCUGCUGGUAUGACAUAUCAUUUCAGCUUCAGUCAGUUGGGCGAAGCUCUCCCGGAAGCGGAUGUUUUCUGGGUUAAUAUUCCCCGGGCCUCGUUGAACGACGCGCAGACGAAUGCCGAAUACGUCGCGUAUGCAAUCAAUUACAUCUCCGCUGUCAGCUCUGACUCCAACGUGGCGGCCAUUUCGUGGUCUCAGGGUGGACUGGACGUUCAAUGGGCAUUGAAGUAUUGGCCUUCCACUCGGGACGUGGUGGAAGAUUUCAUCGCCAUCAGCCGGGACUUCCACGGUACAGAUCUAAGACAGUUGGUCUGCCCGUUACUGGACCCUCUUGCCUGCACACCAUCAAUCUGGCAACAAGGCCCGGAGACUGAGUUCAUUCAUACCUUGCGAGCUGAUGGUGGCGACUCGGCAUACGUCCCAACAACCACCGUCUACUCCUCUUUCGACGAGAUCGUACAACUGAUGGGCGGACCCAACGCAUCAGCCAUCCUCUCCGACAUCCGUGACAUUGGGGUAACAAACAACCACAUUCAAACCAUCUGCCCAAACCAACCAGCCGGCGGGGUCUACCUGCACGAAGGCCCGUCGACGCCCUCACGAAUCGACAUCGACAUGGUAUGCGGACAAAUCCUCGCUCCGCAGCUGCAGUUGGACGAUAUGCUUGGCACAGAGGGACUUUUGCUAGUUGGGCUGGUGGAGGUUCUCACGUAUGAACCUAAGGUGGGACAGGAGCCUUCUAUUGCCGGUUAUGCGUCGUGA